AUGCGUGUGGAGGUGCCGCUGAAGACAUUCAAGGUAAUUCUCGGCUAUUUUUAUUCGGGCACUCUGGCCAUAUCCACACUUAACGUUGAUGAAGUCUUCGAAGUGCUCGAAUUGGGCAACUUGUAUAUAUUGCCAGAAGUCGAAUUGGCCCUAGCCAAACGUCUGCAGAAUAAUCUGUCCAUCAGCAACACGUGCAUGAUCCUGGAUACAGCUCGCAAAUUCAAUCAUGCAGAGCUGACCAUGAAAUGCCUCAAGUUCAUGGACAAAAAUGCACACCAAGUUCUGAAACACCAGUCCUUCCAAAUGUUGUCCAAGGAAUCACUGGAAGAAGUCCUGCGACGGGACACAUUGAUUGAACACGAAAUCGAUGUCUUUAAAGCGGUAGUCAAAUGGAGUCGCCACAAUCAGGGCGUGGACAUCAAGUCGGUGGUCUCGCUUGUACGUCUCUCUCUCAUUAGUGUCGAAGACCUGGUGCUUGUGGUGCGUCCCUCUGGGAUCGUCGAGUCCUUAAAAAUACUCGACGCCAUCGAGAAACCGAUAAUCAAGUCGAUAUUGCCCUACCGUGCCCACGUCUCUCCAGGAGUGGAUGUGGCCUUCCAUUUCGGGUGCAGUGUUGAGGUCAUCAAAGAUGAGAUCGUUAUAAAGCUGAGCUUCUGGUGCAUAAUCAAUAUCAUCUCUAUCGAAGUUAUUCAAAAUACCAAUGACACGUCCAACUGCACCGUGGAGGUCUCUUGCGACAUGACCCACUGGGAUGGCGUGGGAAAUAUAGAUUUAUCUACUCCCACACAGCAGGAUAUCCACUUCACCCGCAUGCCUGUUCGCUUCAUUCGGAUCGUCGAUCCAGAGAGUGGCCGCAAAGAUGUUUUAAAUUAUUGUCUGCUCAAGGCCGUUCUAAAUAACACCAUUCCCUAG